UUAUGCAUAAACUUCAGUGUGGUGCAAAUUCGGCAGAUUGAAGCAAGAAAAUCAAUAAUUUUCCUCAUUUCUGCACGAUACCGUCGAAAUAGCCAAAAUUAUUUGCAUUCGUCCGCAUUCAGCGUAAGUAUUGGCUGUUUUUGGUGAUAUUCACGUGGGAAAGCUGUGGAAAAUGGUUGAGAAACCUGAGAAAAGUGCGAAGAGUCGAGUGACGAGAAGCAAAAUGGCACCAGUUCGUGGAGAUGGAAUGAGAGGACUUGCAGUCUUCAUCUCGGACAUAAGAAACUGCAAAAGCAAAGAAGCAGAAAUCAAGCGGAUAAACAAGGAGCUGGCCAAUAUUCGCAGCAAAUUCAAGGGAGACAAGACUUUGGAUGGGUAUCAGAAGAAGAAAUAUGUCUGCAAGUUGCUCUUCAUCUUCCUCCUGGGCCAUGAUAUCGAUUUUGGUCACAUGGAGGCGGUCAAUCUCCUCUCAUCGAACAAAUACUCCGAGAAACAGAUCGGCUAUCUCUUCAUCUCGGUGCUUGUAAAUACAAACAGUGAAUUGAUCAAAUUGAUCAUCCAGAGCAUCAAGAAUGAUCUGCAGUCGAGGAAUCCCAUCAAUGUCAAUCUGGCAUUGCAGUGCAUCGCUAAUAUUGGGAGUCGCGAUAUGGCUGAGGCAUUCUCCAAUGAGAUUCCCAAGCUGCUGGUCUCUGGAGACACAAUGGACGUGGUGAAGCAAUCUGCAGCUCUGUGUCUCUUGCGUCUCUAUCGUACGUGUCCGGACAUCAUUCCGGGCGGCGAAUGGACCAGCCGGAUAAUCCAUCUGCUGAAUGAUCAACACAUGGGAGUCGUGACAGCUGCCACGAGUCUCAUUGAUGCUCUGGUCAAGAAGAAUCCGGAGGAGUACAAGGGAUGCGUCAGUUUAGCCGUUUCGCGUCUCUCCAGGAUUGUGACUGCGAGUUACACGGAUCUGCAGGACUACACGUACUACUUCGUGCCGGCUCCGUGGUUGUCCGUGAAGCUGCUGCGCCUUCUGCAGAAUUACAAUCCGGUGACGGAGGAUCCGGGUGUCCGGGGCCGACUCAAUGAGUGCCUGGAGACGAUUCUGAAUAAGGCGCAGGAGCCACCAAAGAGCAAAAAAGUCCAGCACAGCAAUGCGAAGAAUGCGGUGCUGUUUGAGGCCAUCAACUUGAUCAUUCACAGCGACAGUGAGCCGAAUCUCCUGGUGCGUGCGUGCAAUCAGCUGGGGCAGUUUUUGAGCAAUCGUGAGACCAAUUUGCGCUAUUUGGCACUCGAGUCCAUGUGCCAUUUGGCCACAUCGGAAUUCUCGCACGAGGCAGUGAAGAAGCACCAGGAAGUGGUGAUUCUCAGCAUGAAGAUGGAAAAGGAUGUUUCGGUGCGUCAGCAGGCUGUGGAUUUGCUCUAUGCCAUGUGCGACCGAAGCAAUGCCGAAGAAAUUGUCCAGGAAAUGCUCAACUAUCUGGAGACAGCAGAUUACUCCAUUCGCGAGGAGAUGGUCCUCAAGGUUGCAAUUUUGGCUGAAAAGUAUGCCACGGACUAUACGUGGUACGUGGACGUAAUCCUCAAUCUCAUUCGCAUUGCUGGGGAUUAUGUGAGUGAGGAAGUUUGGUAUCGGGUCAUUCAGAUUGUCAUCAAUCGCGAGGAAGUUCAGGGAUAUGCCGCUAAGACGGUCUUUGAGGCUCUUCAGGCACCGGCGUGUCAUGAGAACAUGGUUAAAGUGGGUGGGUAUAUUUUGGGUGAAUUUGGGAAUCUCAUAGCCGGAGAUUCUCGAUCGGCUCCAAUGGUGCAGUUCAAAUUGCUGCAUUCCAAGUACCAUUUGUGCUCAUCCAUGACACGAGCUCUGCUUCUGUCCACCUAUAUCAAGUUCAUAAAUUUAUUUCCGGAAAUUCGGAGUACAAUUCAGGAAGUUUUCCGGCAGCACAGUAAUUUGCGAUCGGCCGAUGCUGAGUUGCAGCAGAGGGCCAGUGAAUAUUUGCAAUUGAGUAUUGUGGCAUCGACAGAUGUUCUGGCCACGGUUCUGGAGGAGAUGCCGUCAUUCCCGGAGAGGGAAAGUUCAAUUUUGUCAUUGCUGAAGAAGAAGAAGCCAGGAAGGGUGCCAGAGAAUGAGAUUAGGGAGAAUAAGAGUCCAAUUCCAGUGACAAAUUCCAAUAAUACUCAAGUCAACAGCAAUCACACAUCGAACAGUACCAAUGCUGAUCUUCUUGGACUCAGUACUCCACCUUCGGGCAAUCAGACCAACAGCCAGGGGGCGCUGAUUGAUGUCCUUGGUGAUAUCUACAAUGCUUCAGUUGUCUACAAUACCAAGAAGUUUCUCUUCAAAAACAAUGGAGUUUUAUUUGAGAAUGAACUCAUUCAGAUUGGCGUUAAGAGUGAAUUCAGGCAGAAUCUGGGACGUCUUGGUCUCUACUAUGGGAACAAGACACAAACUCCAUUGACAAAUUUCUCGCCGGUUCUUCAGUGGCCAGCAGAAUCGGCUGCUAGGCUGAGUGUUCAGAUAAAAGCAGUGGAGCCGACUCUGGAGGCUGGAGCACAGAUUCAGCAACUCCUCAAUGCUGAAUGCAUCGAAGAUUUUGCCGAUGCACCAUCCAUUGAUUUGAGCUUCAGGCACAAUGGCGUUCACCAGAAGGUCAACAUCAAACUUCCGCUCACGCUAAAUAAAUUCUUCGAACCGACAGAGAUGAAUGGGGAAUCCUUCUUUGCCAGGUGGAAAAAUCUCGGAGGAGAAUCCCAACGAGCACAAAAAGUAUUCAAGGCACAACUUCCGCUGGAUUUACAAGCAGCUAGGACAAAAUUAAUGGGUUUCGGGAUGCAAUUGCUUGACAGUAUCGAUCCCAAUCCGGACAACAUGGUUUGCGCUGGUAUCAUUCACACACAGACCCAGCAAGUGGGCUGCUUGCUGAGACUGGAGCCCAAUAAGCAAGCACAGGUGAGAAUGUUCCGAUUGACCAUCAGAUCGAGCAAGGAGAGUGUUACGAAGGAAAUUUGUAAUUUGCUUGUUGACCAAUUUUAAGUUUUUUUUGCGCGCGCGUGAAUGAAAAAAAAGGUGAAAAAAAAGACAGAAAAUACGGAGAUAACGUUAGACGUUAAAUGUUAUUCUUUGUCCUCCUGUUGUACUGUGUAUAUUUUGUAAGUUCUUGGCAGAGAUUUCGAAAACGCGUUGGAAAGAAAAAGUUUGAGAAAAGUGAAAUAUUUUCUCUUGAUUCAGUUGGACAAGAAAAAAAAACUACAGAAAAUAAUGUGGUUAUAUCCUCCAUGUGGACAUAAUAAAAAGAAGAUGAAUUACAUCCCCCAAGAAAAUCCCAUUUAGGUGAGUAAGAUUGAUAUGAAAAGCAAAUGGUGAAAAAUAAAAAAAAAUGUAAAUGAGAAUUUUUUUGGAAAUAAUAAUCUCAAGAAGAGUAAUUUAAGGUUAUAUUAAUGAUUUAUCACAUAGAAAAAAAGGAAGGUAAAUAUAAAAUGAAUAUAAUUGCAAAUAUAUUUGAGGAAUUAAUUUAAAGAUAGAAAAAAAGAGCAAAGAAAAAUUGAAAAGUAUUCAAAAUUUAAUUGUAAAGAAUAAAUGCUAAUUUUUGGGAGAAAUUAAAUAUAUGCAAAAUAAAAUUUUAAGCAUAUAUUGCUAAAAAGAAAAAAAAUAGUAAAAAAACAGUUAAAAAAAGCUAAUAGUAAGAAGAAAUAAAACUAUUGAAGAGAUAGUGUAAAAAAAAAAAUAAAUAGAGGCACCCUAUGAGCUGCAGAGUUGUCCUUAAUCCUAAUUCUAUUAUUAUUAUUAUUUUUUUUGUAUAUUUUUCGUUACAUUUUAUACCCUCUUUUGAACAUGAAUUUAUUAUCUUUUUUUCUCGAGAAUUAAUAAUAAUAAUCGAAUGAUGUAGAAUUUAUGAGAAAAAAAUUCUAUGAAAUAUUGAAGGACAGAAAAAAGGGAUGAGAGACUCCUGGAAAUACUUUAUCCUGUCGCAUUAUUUCAGUUCAAUCCUGUGUAAAUUAAUUUUUGGAAUGAGAUGCUUCAGUUUCGUUGGAAUUAUGAGGCGGUGGAUCACACUCAUGAAAUAUCGUAGAAUAAAUAUUACUGUUGGCAGUCAUACAUAUAUUGAGCAAAUACUGCGAUAAAAUGUAUUACAGAAAAAUUAUUAAUAAGACAAUAUACAAGAUAAAUCAAAAAUAAAA